AUGGACUCCCGCCUGCGUAAUACGAGUUCUGGGAAGCCUCCAGCGCGAGAGAUGGAUGAAGCUGCCCAAUCAACACCACAGCGACAGCUUCCCUUGCUCUUACCCCAGCCUCCAGAACCAGUCGCACUACGGCCACCUGAAGAAACAUCAGGUCGACAAACGUCUUCCUUGUCUAAUAUAGCACAAGAUCAGGCCCGUGAAUCGAAGGGAAACCAUAAUCUUCGUGCGUUGACCUCCCCGGGAGGCUCUGGUUCCAGCUCGGUCAAAUUUACACGCACGGGUAGAAUAAGCAAAGCGGCCAAAGGGCAGAGGAUCCAUGCCUGUCAUAUCGAUGGCUGCGAGAAAGUCUUCUCUCGGGCCGAGCAUUUGAGAAGGCACCAAAACUCUCACCGGCCUGGAGAGUUUGCCUGUGAUAUACCGGGCUGUACGCGGACGUUCACUCGAGAGGACUUGUUGAUGCGUCACCGGGCGAGGCAUGUUGGCUUGAGCGAGGACCCUAAUAGACGAACUUCUGCAGGGAGUCAGACUUCGGCGCCUGACGCAGGCUCAUUGCAGCCCCUAUCCUCGAUUCCAAGAGCUGUUACAUCUGGUGCCAGCACUGAUGUGAGUGCUCCGCUACCUGCAGAAUCAGGAAGCGAUGUUCAGCAGUCACAAUCGUCCUCCAGUCAAGUGCCAAAGAGACGACCGAUCCCACCUAAUGAGCUCUCGAAUGUUCGAAUUCCCAUGGAGGUCCAUGGCCCAUUUCUAGGCUUUCAAUACGAUCCCUGGAACGAUUCACCUCCCUGCGCACCUUCUAUAUUUGAGUUCGACUCCCCUGAGGAGCGAUUCGGACCGCACUACUUCCAGCACCAGCCUAUGGUCGUCGGAGAUGUUGCAAAUGCUCCCAUGCUCGCGUACGAUUACCAGUUCUGUCCUCCCAGCUCUCCCACGUCUGACAGCUCUUCAACGAUGAACUGGCAAUGGCCCCUACUCUCGCGUCCAGUUUACGAAAUGCCUUUUACUCUCGACGAUCUCUCCUGUGAUUCUCUCCCAUACAGCGCUCCUGCAAUGACAGCCUUGACGCGAGAAGCCCUAGAGCAGCAACUUGGUCUGCCGGAGGUUGUCAUCGGAGAGGAUGAUUUGGUCCACGGCCAACGCUACAUCGAUUCAUACUUCACAUGGGUUCACGAUCAACUUCCGAUCCUGCAUAGACCAAGCUUGUCUCUCGCUUCUCGCCAAGAGUCGCCACUCCUACGAGUGGCGAUUCUGGCUCUUGGAGCACAGGCGCUUGGUAGCCCGUCGGAUAUCUCUAAUUCACACAGAUUGCAUGAGAAGUGUGCGAAGAUAUUGGAGAAUCGAACGGUUCAAGGAAGACAUACGCACAACAUCAGCGACAUGCAGGCGAUUGUGCUUGUGGAGAUGUACUCCAUAUUUAAGUCAAAAGAUCCUCCGCCUAGUCUAUCAACGCCUUUUGAAGAAGUCUACUGUGUUMUUUCCAACGAUCCUGAAGCACUGCUAUCCAUACCGCUGAACCGGCCAGAAUCAUCAUUUUCAGGGGAUAUCGAGAUCUUCUGCAAGCAGCGUCUACUACUCGCCUGCUACACGCUGACCCGCCAGCACGCAUUGCUAUUCGGCACUCUCUCAUCUCCAAACCUUUCCGCCAGCGCACURGAUAUACCUUUUCCAACACCACAGACUCAAUGGGACUCCCCCUACCCCAUGCUACAACCUUCAUGUAGCAUCAAUACCCUCUCCGAAGCCCUUACGACCAUCUCCUCAGCGAAAGACCACCACGACGCCUUCCGAUCUAUCCUACUCGUAACUGCCCUCUCAGACCCCAACACAGCUCUCGAAUCUCAAAUCAUACCUCUGUUAAAAGUCAUUGAGCCCUCCCCACGCGUGACUCUUGCUUUACACAUCAUGAUGAUGUGUAAGCAUACGCCAGUACGGGAUCUCCUGGCUUUCAUCUCCCUAGAGAAAGAAAGGUCCAAUGAUGCUCUCGCGCAGAUUGAACUUCAAGACUGGGUAAGAGGGAAAGUUGAGAAGGAUUUUUGCGUUCAAGCGGCUCUGGUGCAUGCGUUUGCGGUUUUGAAGAUUCAUCGGAGAGAAAAGAGGACGGGGUUGUUGUUUCAGGAGUGGGGGGUGUUUUUGGCAGGGGUUGUUAUUUGGGCGAGAUGGUGGGUUGGUGGGAAGGGUUGGGAUGGUGGUGUUGGUGUUGGUGAAGAAAAAUCGGCGGAUCUUGAGAGGGAUGUUGAUGAGAUUAUACAAGCUGGGACUUCUGCUUUUGUUGGGCGGAGAGAUGCUCGGAAUGUGCUUUCGUGGGUGAGGAGAGAACUUGAGAUGCUGAGUUCCUCGCGCAAUACAGGGCUUGUUGGGAGGGCUUUGGAGAUUCUCCGGAAGAUGGUUUUGCUAACGGACGAGGMGGCUUUGUUUUGA